AUGGUGGACCCCAUGUUUGCACCGAAGGCGCGCUCGCCCGCGCAACCUGCGUACAGAAUUUCCGUCCAAAACCCCGAACCUGGGUACACACGCGUGAAGACCAACUUUCCCUUUUCUGAAGGAGAUCAAUAUCAGAUUCGGCAGCUGGACAGGAAGGUGGGCGAGUUGACACGAAGCGUCAGCGAUCUGCAGCUGGGACAGGAGUACCUUCAACAGGUCAUCCUGUACGGCAGAGAUGAAAAGCGACUGAGGAACAUGCUGGACACACAUGCUGAAAUGGAAAUCAGAAAUGGACAGUACGAGCUACCCGGCCACAACAUUCAAGCUUGGGCAGACAGUGUGCUCAGUUACCGUUCGGAUGGAGUAGAUCAGGUAUUGUACAAUCUAUUGGAUAUGGUGAAACCUCACUCCGGAGUCUUCGGGGGAAAAUCUCUGAUGGAAAUAUGUCAUCUGCGACUCAUCGACAGGGACAAUCUGGAAAAGUAUACGGAGAAGAUGCAACAGAAAGCUGCUCAGGUCUAUGGGCUCAUUGGAGGUGGAUAUGCUGUAUGGAUCACAGCUCUGCGCAUUAAAGACCGUGCAAGUGAGAUUCCAGCCAAGACAAGGGAGAUGAAAAGCGAGCUUAGUACUGUGGGGACAUCCCUACUAAAAUAUACCAAACCGAAGAACUGGCGCGCGGAUUGGCGUUGUGGGCCAGCCUACCCUGCAGACAACGGAAAACCUGCAAAAUGCCACCCUGAUAGCAAAUUCCCAUGCUGCUCCCCAAACAACUGGUGCGGCAACACUGCAAACCACUGUGGCUGUGCUGGAUGUGUCGACUUCCGGGGGAAAGCGUGGCGUGAUGAUUUGCGGUGCGGUGCGGGCUACCCGGCACCUAACGGACAACCUGCUAAAUGUGACCCUGACGGCAAAUACCCAUGUUGCUCCCCGGGCAAGUGGUGUGGCAAGACUACAGAUCACUGUGACUGUUCUGGCUGUGUCGACUACAGGGAAAAAGCGUGGCGAGAUGAUUUCCGGUGCGGUGCGGGCUACCCGGCACCGAACGGGCAACCUGCUAAAUGUGACCCUGACGGCAUAUACCCGUGCUGUUCCAAAUACAACUGGUGUGGCAACACUGCGGAUCACUGUGACUGUUCUGGAUGUGUCAACUACUUUUCUUUGGGUCUGUAAUUGGUGCAGUUAACUCAUAAACUCUUUUCUUCCUCUUUGUGUCUUUGUCUCUGACUUUCUCUCUGUCUCUCUCUGUCUCUCACUUUCCCUCUCUCUCUCUCUCUCUCUCUCUCUCUCCCUCUCUCCCUCUCUCUCUCUCCCUCUCUCUCUGUUGGUAUAGAGUCAUGUUAUGCUUACACAAAUAAAGUUUCUCCGUCUCAAAAAAGGCCACUCGCCAACCUUUCUGAGAGUUUCCUUAUUUUGGUAUAAUUUUGUUAACAAUAGCCAACAAGCAUCGCAUCAACAUCGAUGAGUUUUUUUCUUUAAUAAAUGUUCUAAUACAUGUUAUAAUGCCCAUUAGAGAUCCUUGACAGUGUGUGUAGGUAACUCCCCAGCUUUGGUAUAUAAGAUUACAAACAGCUGAUCUGACUGAAAUCAUGCUAUUACAAUGCAUACAAUAUCCUUUAGAUCUCUUUAUCGUGAAUCACUUUCCGUGUCUUUAUUCUCUCAUUGCAUUUGAAAAUCAUUUACUCAUAUGUACCCCUGACUUCAGUAAUCUUCGGUCUAUUUUUGCCAUUAAGGCACACAAUGUCUCUCUAGAGACAGAUAACAAGUUGGCAAUAUCCAGUGUGUGAGUAUUCCUCAAUUUUAGGAAGAUAGUAAGUCUUGGAAUGUGGAUCUUGUCAUAGAGGUUGG